AUACAACUACAGAUAUCUUCUCUAUACUUUUGUCUGAACCAUUUUACACAUUCGACUGGUCGUUAUGUCAAUUUUAGAGUGUGCAUGGGAUGCAUUAAUAACUUAAUAGAUUGCUGAAAUAUAGGCUACGACACAUAGCCAACUCUUUUUCAUGCCCGCGAGUAGACGGAUUAUGAUUCAUUUUGUGUAGGGUGUGUUUUGGACUGUACACUCGUUACGGGAUAUUGCACAUCACUCACUUCCUCUCCUUCUCCAUUUCUACUUUGUGCUGAUUAGUGUGCUGUUGAUGUUCGACUUGACUUCGAAUUUGCACAUCUGAAUAGUUUCGUUUUAUUUUACUACGUGUGUUUCUAAGACAAGGUGAUGGCAACAACUCAAGACGACUCCCACGGGACAGACUGUUGGCUAAGUAUGACAUAUGACCAUGUUGCCCGAUCAACUCACAUGCAGGCGUUGCUGAAACCUCUGCCGACUCCAGAAGGACAAGACUGCCCUCAGGGCAGCGAGUGCCAUGCCAGUGUGCUCGUCAGAAACCAGCACACCCCUCUGACAGCUGAUCUCUGCCCUGAAGCAAACCAGCUCACAGAACAGGACAAGAGCAAACAAGGCAUAGAUGAAAUCAUCACCAGCCUGCUGACUUCGGAAGACACGUUGGAAAAGCGGGUGGUGGUGUUGAUGGGACCGGCAGGGGCAGGGAAGAGUAUGUGUGUAGAGAAGUUGGCACAGGAUUGGUCCAAGGCCCAGGUGCUGCAGGGCUAUGACCUGCUCCUGCGCGUGUGUGUGAGCGAGUGUGUGACCACAUGGGUGAGCAGUGCGAGGGAGUCCGGGUCUGUGGGAGAGAUGGAGGAGACGAAGCAAAACUGUUUGUCUCUGGAGAACCUUCUCCUCUUGGCUCACCCUCACCUCUCCACCGCGACCGUCUCUUACAUCCUGGGGGAACAGUCCUCCUCCUCGGCCGCCCAGCCCCGGCUCCUCCUGCUCCUGGACGGGCUGGACCAAACCCCUCGUCUCCCCGAGAUCUCCGAGCUGUUCGUCCCUCCCUCUGAGCUCACUCUGUGUUCUGACCCCAGGCAACCGGUGCCCAUCUCCCACCUGCUCUGCAGCCUGGCACAGGGGACACUGCUGCCCGCUGCCUCCCUCCUCAUAGCCUCCAGAGAGGAGCCAGACCCGGACGUUGUGCCCCCUGGUGGCAUGUGUGUGGCGGUGCUGGGCUUCUCCCCGUCUCAGAGGAGCCAGUUCUUCCAGCGCGUCCUCCCCGACGACGACGACAACGACGACGGACGCCUGGCGUCUGAGCUGACCCAGGUCUGCGAGCGCGCGUUUGGGGUGUAUGAGCUGAGCGCCCGGCCCUUCUUCUGCUGGAUGCUGGCCUCCGUGGCUCGUGCCUUGCAGCGGGCUGGAGGUGCCCCUCCUCCUGAGACGCUCACGGAGCUGUUGGCCCACGCCGCAGCCCUCAGCCUGAGGCCCAGCGCCGCCAGUGCCAGCCCGGCAGCAGCGGCGGCGGCGGGUCAAGUCCAGCAGGCGCCCCCCGCCCGCACUCUCCUGCGCGGGUUGGCCCGGCUGGCGCGGGUCUGCUCCGCGGACGCCUGUCGAGGCUUUUGCUCCCGGGAGGAGCUGGUGUCGUGUGGUCUGGAGCCCUUCCUCUCCUCCCCGCUGCUGCUGCGUAACUUUCUGCGAGAGGGCUUCGACGCCAACGGAGACCACACGUUCGUCUUCCCGCGUCCAGUGAUGCAGCACUUCCUCACGGCCGUCAGCUUCUUCCUCGAGGGUUGCGGAUGGGACGGCGGAGCGGACGAGAUGAUGAGCGAUGUGCAGGAGGGCUGCGUGGGGCCGGUGGCGGCGUUUGCGGCCGGUCUGUCCGAGGCGUCCCAGCGGGCGCCGCUGGAAGGACUGUUGGAGGCCGGCUACGCUGCCGACCGGGCGGCAGACGUCCAGCGAUGGCUGGAGGCCCACGCGCGGGAGACCCUGGAAGGCUACCACAAAGACCGUCACCUGCGCUGCUUCCGUCUGCUGAGGGAGACUCGGAACCAAGUGCUUGUCAAGCGCAGCAUAAGCGGCCCCGGCUCCAGGCUGGGGAUCAGCUACGGUGGCCUGGACAGGGCAGACUGCGCUGCACUGGCCUACGUGCUGAGCUGCGCCGAGGAGGUCCAACAGCUGAACCUUUACGGCAGCAGGAACCUGACCAGUGAUCAGACCUCACUGCUGCUUCCUGCGUUCAAGCUGGCCCAGAGCAUCAUCCUGUCUCAGAGUGCCCUGACUCUAGAGUCCUUGGCCCAUCUGGCGGAGGGCCUGAGAGGCGGAGCCACCACGCGGCUUGACCUGUCCUACUCCAGCCUGGGAGACGAGGGCCUCCGGGUGCUCUGUCCUGCGCUCGCCCACUCCUCGCUGCGCUCGCUCAGUGUCCCGGUGUGUAAAUUCACCGCUGCGGUGUGCAAGGACCUGUCCGUGGCCCUCGCCGCCUGUGAGCUGCGUGUGCUGGACCUGCGUGCCAACAAGAUCGCCGACGAGGGACUCGCGCUGCUUAGCAACGCACUCAAGAGCCAGCAGUGUAAAUUGGAAGAGCUCAGUCUCCACAGCUGUGAUCUUACUGCAGGCUCCAUGAACACGCUCUCCGAGGCCUUGAGCUGUGGUCACUGUCCUUUAACAUCCCUUGAUCUGACCGGAAAUGACCUGUGUGACCCCGGAGUGAUCGCCCUGUCACAUGGCCUCAGCAACCCCAGCAUUAAAAUACACACACUCAAGCUGACUGAAUGUGAGCUGACUGGCUCAUGUUGUGCAGCUCUGGCUGCGGCUGUGCGAUCCGGAGGCUCACUGACAGAGCUGGACCUGUCCUGUAAUGAACUUGGCCAGGAGGGGGCGCUGCUGCUCUGCGAGAGCCUCAAGAGACCGGAAUGUUCUCUCAUCGAUCUCAGCAUGACACGGUGUGAGCUGACCCUGCCAGUGUUCAGUGCCCUGGAGGAAGUGCUGUGUGGUGGCUCUAAGCUGAAGGCUCUGGCUCUGGGUUUGAACAAAGUGGGAGACCGAGGAGCCAGACACAUGUGGAACGCCCUGAAACACGGCCGCUGCCAUCUACAGGAUCUGGACUUGGAGAUGAUUGGCCUGACAGAUGACUGUGCGGUGGAUCUGUGUGAAGCAGUGAGGGCCCAUGGCUCUCUGAAGACUCUCAUCCUAAAGAACAACUCCCUGACUGACAGCUCCAUCCCCAGCCUGGUCCAGCUGGCCAAGAGCUGCCGUGGCCUCCAGGAGUUGAAUUUGCAGUACAAUGACCUGAGUGAAGAUCUGUUUGAGCUGAUGGACAGCUGUUCCAGGAUCAGAUACUGAGUACUCUUGAUCAGCACAGAGCUGAUGAAAGCCCAGUUUCAUUACAGUUUACACGUCAAGUCAUUCUUAUUUGAAUUAUACCAACAGCAGAAUGUUGCAUCAUAUUUUUUCCACCACAAUAAAACAUUACACUUCGCACCA